CGAGUUGAGCUGUUUUGUCCCUCUCUGCCCACCAUAUGAAAAACUCAGACGGAGAAGGUCACAGAUAUGGCGGCUGUGAGGAUCUCAGCCAGAGCCUGAUUAGCAUCAAAUACAUCUGAGAAGAAAAAUGAGGAAAUGUCAUCUCCAGAAGAGCAAGAAUCUUUGUUUUGUUUAUCGAUACAGCCUAAGCACUGAGACCAGUGGUCUGACACGUAUUUGUGUACGAAGUGACUACCAUGAUCUAUCCUACUGAAUCCUUCAAAUUUUGUAUUCACUUCUUGAUGGGAAAGCUGACAACCAUACCUGGAGGUCUGAUAUGUGCAUCUAUAACUGUGCAUGCAGCUAAAGAAGAAGAAUACAAAAAGCAGCUAGUAAAACCAGAGCAGCUCCCCAUAUAUACUGCACCACCUCUGCAGUCUAAAUAUGUUGAAGAACAGCCUGGUCGUUUACAAAUGGGCUUUGCAUCCAUCCGCACUACAACUGGUCAUUAUAUUGGCUGGUGCAAGGGUGUUUGUGUGUUUGUGAAAAAUGGAAUAAUGGAUACAGUACAAUUUGGAAAAGAUGCGUAUAUCUAUCUGAAGAAUCCACCUCGAGAUUUUCUUCCAAAACUUGGAGUGAUUACAGUUUCAGGAUUGGCAGGCUUGGUUUCAGCAAGAAAAGGUUCUAGGCUUAAGAAAAUUGCUUAUCCACUGGGACUGGCCACUUUAGGAGCAACUGUUUGCUACCCAGUUCAGUCAGUAAUAAUUGCAAAGGUAACUGGGAAAAAGGCAUAUACUACAAGCCAGCAAAUUUAUGAAGCAGUUAAAUCAUUGUGGACAAAAAUCAACAAAAAAGAGUCAUUUCCUAAACCUAAAGAAAAAUCUAAGCUAGGAAAUUCUGCUGAAAUAGAAAUACCUGCAAAAACAACUGACAGCCUGAAAUACUCAGUGCCCUUGACAACAGAACUCAGCUCUGAAACAAAGACAAAAUCAGAAUCCACCUCAGGUGCUACACAGUUUAUGCUUGACCCCAAGCUCAUGGAUCACGGGCAGUCCCAUCCAGAAGAUGUAGAUAUGUACAGCACUAGAAGCUGAAAUAGUCUGCGUAGAGAACUACAAGAUGUGCGAAGUUGAAAACGAUGAUGAAAAAAUCAUGUAAAGGGUAACCGUGACACAGAGAGUAUAACUUUUUUUUUUUUUAGGGUAUAACUUUUAAACAAAGUUUUUCCCUCACAUUCUAAUGUAAUGUACAGUUUGACCAAUCACAUAAGGGAUUAAAACACAAACUGUGAAUUUAAUCCAAACAGUAUUAAAUGAUUGAUGAAGAGGCAGAAGUAUUGGGAUGCAUUUAAUGAUUUUUAAGGGUGUUUAUUAAAAAACAAAAAUAGAGUAAAUAUAUAAACACUGAUGAAAUAUGUAUGUGUAUAUAUAAAUAUUUAUACAGAUACAUAUACAUACUUGCUUUAGCUUUUUCAAAUUAAUGUCAACUAAAUUAGAAUGGUGCGCAAAAGAAUGUGUUCCCCUUUUUUUUCAUUCCCCAGAGCUGGAAUAAAAUAUCCAUAUUUUAUGACA